AGAUCUGGCGCCGCUGGCACCGCCGCGUGAACGUGACGCAGAAGCGCCACGCGGUGGCCACCUGCCUCGCCGCCAGCACGCUGCCGCCGCUGGUGAUGGCCCGCGGCCACCGCAUCGGCGCGAUCUCGGAGCUGCCGCUGGUCGUGUCGAACGGCGCGGAGUCCAUCCAGAAGACCAAGCAGGCCGUGGAGCUGCUGAACUCCAUCGGCUGCACGGAGGAGCUGCAGCGCAUCGUCGAAUCCAAGAAGGUGCGUGCCGGCAAGGGCAAGAUGCGCAACCGCAGGUGUUUCCCACGCUUCUUUAGAGGUCAACCUCACGCCAGAUAAUUCAAGGUGGGCU